AAAAUUUGAAAGUGUCAGGCUAUUUGUAGUUAACGUCGGAAAACAUUAUGAUUGAAAACUAAGGAAAUUCGAAUUUUCAUAUCAUGUCGUCCGAUAAUAUAAAAGUUGUCGUGAGGGCAAGGCCUUUCAAAAAGACUAAUACUGAUUUUGUACCCUGGAUAAUUGAUGAAAAGACCAUUUUUCAAAGUGAUGAGGAUAAAAUACCGAUUGGAGAUAAAUAUUCCUAUGAUGAGGUAUUUAAUGUAAAUAGCAAAAAUAUAGAUGUUUAUAAUACAUCAAUAUCUCCAUUGGUAUGUUCAGCAGUAGAAGGUAUCAAUUUGACUAUAUUUGCCUAUGGGGCAACAUCAUCUGGAAAAACUUAUACCAUGAAUGGUAUAUCAGAAGAUCCUGGUAUAAUACCAAGAUUUAUCGAAGAUAUAUUUGAUAAAGUAGAGUCCUAUACUAAUAGAAAAUUUUUGAUAAGAGUUUCUUAUGUAGAAAUAUACAGUGAAAUUAUUAACGACCUCCUGGACAAAAACAAUAAAGAUUUAAAGAUUCGUGAAGACAUAAAUAAUUUUGUGAGCUAUAAUCCGAAGGAACAAAUAGUCAAAUCUAGUGCAGAAUGCUUGAAUGUGAUGAAGCUUGGAACGUGCAAUAGAACUGUUGGUGAAACAAAUAUGAAUUUGUUUAGUAGUAGAUCACAUUCAAUUUUCAGAAUUGUUAUAGAAUCUGCACCUACUGCAAGUAGUGAAAAUGAUCCAGUUCAAGUUUCGCAUGUUAAUCUCAUAGAUUUGGCAGGAUCUGAGAGAGUCUCUCAGACUGGUGCUACGGGACAACGUUUCAAGGAAGGAGCCCAUAUAAAUAAGUCACUCACAACAUUGGGAUUGGUGAUAAAACAAUUGGUCGAGAAGAAAGAAUAUGUCAAUUAUAGGGAUUCUAAGUUGACUCGCAUCCUAUCCAAUUCUCUUGGUGGGAAUGCCAAAACUCUCAUUAUAUGUAACAUUAAUUUGGAAUCAAUCGAAGAUACUGCUUCUACCCUUAUGUUUGCGCAACGAGCCAAGGCAAUCAAAAAUAAACCUAAGGUUAACGAGAUAAUGAAUGAGGCUGCUCUUACUAAGAAGUAUGCCAAAGAAUGCGAUGAAAUAAAGAAGCUACUCGAUGUUGAAUUUGAAAAGAAUAAACAAUUAGAGGAUGAACGGGAAAUGAGCAAUAAAAAGAUCGAAGAGCUGCGUUCACGUAUAAAGAGUCUUCAGGAGAUAUUCGUGAAAAAGGAAACGGUUUCGAAGCCACCCAAACGACGCCAUACAUUUUGCACGCUUGGCGCCAUUUCGGAAGACAGGGAAUUGGAGAACGCUUCGAAAAAUUUGAUUUCGGUUGGACUGACUUCGGAUGUGAAUGCCUCCACAUCUUCGGGAUCCGAUUCUAACGUUACGUUCAGAAGGAACAGCUGGUUUAACAGUUCAGAAAAUGGAACAUCGGUGGAUUCGACACCUCCAAAAAAUUUGAGAGCUAGACUCGAAAUACUCACUCGUGAACAUGAGGAGCUUAUAGAGUAUACGAGAUUGGAAAAAUCAGUUAAUCAAGCUAUGGAAACAAAACUCAAAGAACUUGAGAAUGAAAGUCAGGACUUGAAGAUGCUUGCUGAAGUCAAAGAUCAACAACUGAAAUCCGAAUAUGAAAAAGCAGUACAAAUGAAAAUAGACUUCGAGUUUCUGUUGGAAACUCAGCGAAAAAAUUUUCAGAGAAGAGAGAUAGAACUGCUCGAACAACUCAAGCAGUGCUCCAACAAGGUCGUACCCGAUACGCCAGUUUCCAACGAAAACAUCCCCCUCGCCAAAAUCACUUCCAUGAACAGCUUCGAUUACGAGGAAGUUUCAGAAAAGAUGGAAUCGCUGAAUCGACAAAACGAGGAAAUGAGCGGCCUGAUAGCCGACCUGCGAAGCAGCAUCAGCACGCUCGAAUUGCAAAAUUCUCAGUUGAAGAUCAAAAACAAAUCCCUUCAGACCAAGGUUUUGGACAUGGAACUGAAGGUCAAUAACAGCAAACACGCCGCUGAAUCUUCCAGCAACGACGUCGAUUCUUCCAAGAGGAAAAUCGUCGAAUUGGAGGGAAAAAUUGAAGAAUUGAAAGCGGAAAGAGGGAGAAUUAUGGAUGAGCUUUACGAAUCUCAGGAUAAAUUGGUCGAAAUCACAGAAGAUCUGGAUAUCGAGGAAAAAAAAUCAUCGAGUUUGGAGAAACAGCUGAGCAAAGAGAAAGAGAUUCGGGAAGAGCUAGAAUCGAAGCUUCUAGCAGAAGUCACACUUAGACAAGAAGCCGAAUCUAGAAUAACCAAAGAAGUGGAGUUGAGGCAAGAUGCCGAAUUAAGAUUAACGAAAGAGGUAGAGUUGAGACAAGAAGUCGAAUCAGAAUUAAAGAAAGAGGUAGAUUUGAGACAAGAAGCCGAAUUAAAACUAAAGAAAGAGCCAGAGUUGAGACAAGAAGCCGAAUUAAAACUAAAGAAAGAGCUAGAGUUGAGACAAGAAGCCGAAUUAAAACUAAAGAAAGAGGUAGAGUUGAGACAAGAAGCCGAAUCAAAAUUAAAGAAAGAGGUAGAGUUGAGAAAAGAAGCCGAAUUAAAAUUAACGAAAGAGCUAGAGUUGAGACAAGGAGACGUUUCAAAGUUGGAGAAAGAAAGAGAAUCGAGACAGGAGGCCGUAUCUGAAUUGGACAAUAAGCAAAAAUCGCGAAGAGAAUCCCAUUCGCGAAAGGACGACUUAGCAUCGAAAUUAGCUCGAGAAAUCGAGUUGCGCCAGGAAAUCGAAUUGGAAUUGUUCAGAGAAAAAGAAUUGGUGAAGCAAGCCGAGAGAAAGUUGGCCAAAGAAGCGGAACUGAGUUUGGAGGUGAUGCAGAAGCUGCGCGCUCUACAGAACAUUUUAGAACCGAAAUCUCAAUCGGAUGAACUCCCCAACAAAAUUACGACGGGUUAUCGAAAAGAAUCGAUUCCCGAAAAUCAACCAACGGCCAAUGGGAGUUACUUAGACAUGUCAGAUUUAGACCAAUCGUUAAAUCAAACAUCAGACUCUCUUUAUGUAUCGACGCAAGAGAUCGAUCAAGACAACUUGGAACAGUUUUCAUCGUCCUACUUCCAAGAUACCAGUAAAAGCAACAAUUUCAUGAAUUUCUUCAACUCCUUGGUCAGUAAUGACGAUGAUAUAUCACAAUUGAGAGAUAACACUGCCUCGAUAGGUGAAGGAAAAGAGAAUAAGAACGAGUAUGGUAUGAACGAAAUAGAAAAGUUACAAAAAGAUUUAAAUUCCGUUAAACUACAGAGAGAAACCGAUAUAAUAACGAUCAAAAAGCUACAAGCGAAAUUGGAGGAAUUCCGCUUCAUGAAUUUGUGUGACACAGAAAAAAUCAAUAAGAAUAAUGAAAUUUUGGGAGCUUUGAACUCCCUCGAAGCAGAAAAAGCUGAAAAUUUAUCUUUGAUACAAAAAUUAAAAGAACAGUGUCAAAAUGACAAAGUCGACUAUCAAGAAAUUCAAAAUUAUUCGAAAAAGUUGGAGAGAAUUAUAGAACAAUUGAACACCGAGAAUGCAAACUUGAAGAGAAAAAUUGACACGCAAAAAAGUGAAAUUGACAAAAACCUCGAAAUAUUGGCGAAUAAAGAAGAGGCUUUACGAAAUCUUGAAGCAGAAAGAAAGAUGGUACAAGAAAAUUUGGACGUUGAAACUUCGAAAUUAAAACAAGAACAAGAAACUAACAGGGACAUUCUCGUUGAGAGGGACCUAUUGAGGAUCCAAAUUGAAGAAAUGACUAUGUCAAUACAAAGAAAAGAUGAAGUUAAUGCAGAGAAAAUGGAAGUGAACAAAGAAUUGCAGCAGGAAAAGAAUUCUCUGCAACAAGAAAUCAAUACUCAGUCUGCAAGGCUACAAAGAUGCCAUAAUGAUUUGAACGAUAUAGAAAUAAAUUUGCAGAUUUGCUCUGAUAAAAUCGAAAUAAAUGAAGAGAAAAAUAAGGAAUACAAAUCUUUAUCGAAUCAGGACAAGGAAAGACUUGUGGUUCUCUUGAACGAAACAGACCAACAGAAAGAAAAAAUUAAAGAACUAUCGAUAACUAUUCAAGAUAAGGAAAAAAUUAUCACUAGUCUCACUAUGGAUAUAGAAAAUUUGGGGAAACAAAAAAGUCUCCUAUCUGAUGAAAUAAACGAUUUAACGACUCAAGUGCAAUCACAAACAAAGUAUAUCGAACAACGAAGUGAAACGAUUAAGAAUAAUGAAUUCAUUAUUUCGGAAAUGACAAAACAAAAUGAGAUAUUGAAAAAAGAACAAGAAAAUACACAUUCAGCCUUAACCGAAGAAAGAGAAAAAAAUAUGACAUUUUCAAAUGAAAUUCAAAUACUUAAGAAUGAAACGCGAGAUUUAUCUUCUUCCUUAGAGGCGAAAGAACAGAUUAUUGCAAGCGUCAACACACAGAAGAUGAAUUUGGAGAAAGAAAGAGAUGAUUUGUAUUUGAAAAUAAAGGAUUUGUCAGAACGAAUUGAAGACCAGAAAAAUAAUGAAACCAUAUUCAGUGAAAAUAAGGAAAAAAUAACGAAUCUUACAAACAGUGUUAACACAUUGAGAGCGGAGAUCGAUCAAAUGACAAUUUCAAUGCAGGAUAAAGAUGAAAUAAUCGCUUCCAUUCUUUCUGAAAAAACAGAUUUAGAAAAAGAGAAAAAUGAUUUGUGUCAAAGAAUAAAGGAUUUAGGGGUUCAACUUGAAAACAAGACUGAACUGUUAGAAGAACAAAGGAAAGCUUUGAAUAAUAAAGACCAAACCCUGCGAAAUAUGGCGGAGGACAUGGAGGUUCUCCAAAAAGAUCAACAACUCAUGAGUUCGUCUUUGAAAGAGGAAAAAGAAAAAAAUAAACGUUGUCUGAAUGACCUAGAAGAUCUCAAGGUCGAAUCGAAAAGUUUAUUAUUAUCACUGCAAGAAAAAGAUAAAAUUAUCAAAAAAUCUAACGCUGAAAAAAUUUUUUUGGAAGAAGAUAGGAAUAACUUAUCCAUCCGAAUCAACGACUUGUUGGCGCACAUUGAACGUCAAAAAACAAAUGAAGGGCUACGGGAUGACGAUAAACGUAAAGUUGCAAAUCUAAUGAAUGAUGUAACAGAAUUGAAGAAUACAAUUGAAAAUUUGAAAAUUUCAAUUCGCGACAAGGAGCAGGUAAUUGCAAAAAUGUGCUCUGAAAAAAUUGUUUUAGAGAAAGAAAAGACUGACUUGACCAAUACAAUAAAUAAUUUGAAGGUUCAAGAGCAAACCCAUUGUAAGCUGCAGGAAGAACACAACGAAUCGAUUAGGAAGAAAGAACAUAUUCUACAAAAUAUCAGAAGAUUAGAAGAUCUUGAAACGCUCAAAAAAGAACAAGAAAUAACACAAAUAAAUUUGAAACAAGAAAAGGAAAAGAACAUACAUCUCUUGAACGAAAUAGAACACCUACAGAUUGAAUGUAAAAAUCUAUCUUUAUCACUGGAGGAAAAGGAUUCGAUAAUUGCAAAGAUGAAUACCGAUAAAAUUCAUUCAGAGGAAGAAAGAAGUAAGUUAUCCUCCCAAAUCGAUAACUUGAUGAUACAAAUCAAGAAAAAACAAGAAACGAUCGAUAAAGUGAAUGAACUGCUGGAGGAGAAAGAUUUCAGUUUGCUGAAAGUCUCGAAAGAAUACGAGAUCUUAAAGGAAAAAAAUGAGAAAAAUAUUCUUUCAUUGAAAAGUCAAGAACUGCGGAAUCAAAAUCUGUCGAAGAGUGUUGAAGAACUAAAAGAAGAAAAUGGAAAGUUGGUUGUUUCAGUUCAAAAACUAGAAAAAAAUAUCGCUGAUAUGAUCAUCGAGAAAAACAGGUUGGAGAAUGAAAAAAGUAAUUUGACGGCACUUUUUGAAUCCCAAAAAAUGGAAUCUGAGACUUACGCUCAAAAGUUAUCGAAAGAGAGGGAUGCUAUUUUAUCAAAACUAGAAACUGAAAGGGCAGAAUAUGAUAAAGAAAGAGGAAAACUACUCACUCAAUUGAAUGUUUUAAGGGAUGAAACAGUGAAACAUGUAAUUAGAAUCCAAGAACUUAAUGAGGUAAUUAAUAACAAUAAUUCACGUAUGGAACAACUUGAAAUAGAUAAUAAAGAGCUGAAACACGAUUUAGAAGAAAAAAAUUCUUUAUUGGUAAAAGAGAAAGAAGAGGUAGUGCGACUGAAAAAGACGGAAGAAGAGAUGAAGAAAUCCAACAGUGACAUGCUGGACUACGUUUUCAGGAUUUCCAACGACAAGGAGGAAAUUGAGAGUAAAAUGCAAUAUAUGAGAAUCGAGAUUGCUGAACAGUUGGGCGAGUAUAUACAGAAUAUGGAGCGUUUGCUUGGAAUUGACGGGAAAAAAAAUUGGAAAACUUUGGCUCAGCGACAAAAGUUAGAAACGAGAUUAGAGGAGGUUAAGACAAUAGAAAACUUAGUUACCGCUUUUGUGAAGGAACGAAGUGACAAUACUGAUUAUAAGAAAAAAUUGGAGGAUGCGGAAAGGUACAAUAAAGAAUUGAUAUCCUCGAUGCAGAUGCAACAAGAGCAAACGAACUUUCUACAGAGUACUUUGGAAAAAAGUAGGAAGGAACACGAAAAGGCAAUAUCAGAUUAUGAAGACAAAUUACAAAUGAUGAGCAAAAAAUUGAAAACCAUAUCUGUAGAACACAUAGAAGACAAAAAGAAGAUUGAAAAUCUGGAAUACGAAUUACGAAUGUCCAAAAGGCUCAAAUCAACGGGAAAUUCCCAACACAACACUUCUUCUGAGAAGAAUAUCUGUUGUGAGUUGAAAAAUUCAGAGGACAAAUGGAAACAGCAGAGGACUAGAGCUCAUGACAGUAGACGGAGCAUAGAUUUGAAUACUUUAUGUUCUGAAUCAACUGUGGAUACCUGCAAUUAUUGUGAAAAUAUGAAUAAAUCAGCCCAAAAGAUGAAAAUGGAACUUGAAAGAUUGAAGGAGGAGAUGAAAACGUUGAAAGACAAGUAUGAGAAGAUUAAAAUGCUUUGCCGAUUAAGGAAUGAAGAAAUCCAAGAACUCAAGAGGAAGUAAGAGAAAAUAAAAAAGUAUUAAUUAUAAGAUUAAUAAUCUCAAUGUACAUAAAUAUUUCUUCUGUGAUAUUAAGUAAUACAUUUUCUAGUAUUCGUUUUUGAUUUGUUUUUUGAAUUAAGACUGUUUUUUGUAAGAAAUUUUUUUUCCUGUAAUAAAAAACUUCCAUGUGAUAACCUAAUAAAAUCACUUUGGUUGUACAGGGUGUUUUCUAA